AUGCCCGUUCCGCAACAUGUCUUGAAUUGGCUCUACAGCGUUCUCACCAGCGAAUAUCAAGAUGUGAACCGUACCUACAAUGAUAUUGCACAGACGCUCUCUCAUUACCCUUCUUUGUCGCCGCGCACCGAUGUCCACACCUUCGACAAUGGCGCCUCUGCACUCCUCGUCCACCUCUCUGGCACCAUACCCGUUAUCUUCAGGGGCACAACAUACCGCUUCCCCAUCUCAAUAUGGGUUCCUCAUGCCUAUCCUCGAGACGCGCCGCUAGUCUACGUGACGCCCACCGAGACCAUGAUGGUACGGCCCGGUCAGCAUGUAGACCCCCAAGGGCAGGUAUACCACCCAUAUCUUGUAGGCUGGGCCGCCUUCUGGGAUAAAUCCACGAUUUUAGACUUCGUCGCUAUAUUGAGGGACAUCUUCGCCAAGGAACCACCAGUCAUCGCCCGACAGCCAGGUCAACAGCAGCCUCCCCCACCUGCUGCUCCUCCUUCACAGUCGCGUGACCAAAUACCUCCUCCCCUCCCCCCCCUCCCCCCUGACCUAGCUCAUCGUCCAGCCAGCCGUCCGCCGACCCAAAUAUCGACAGGGUCUCCACGGCCUCCACCUCCGCCGCCAAAAACCUCCGGCCCUGAGCCCCCAUACCGAAGCCCUCCACCACCGAUUGAUGCAAGACACGGUCCCCCUCUGCCUCCUUUGCCCCCCGGUGCCGAACAUGCAUCUAUCCACGGAGGUUAUAGCACCAGCCAUUCACCCCGGCUUCAGAGCCAAAGCUACUCCCGUUAUGACUCGGCACCGCCUCUACCCCCGACUCCUACCUCGCAUCCUCCGCAGCCACCAUCAGCUUUGCCUCCACGCUUGACAGGUGACUUCCAGCAGCACCAACCUUGCCACGAUGCUGCUUCUCGAUCGCCUGUCCCUGGGGCGGAAUCUAGCCGUUCUGUCACCCCCCUGCCCCACCAGCAAGGUGCUCCCCCUCCUGUAUGGCAACCGGCUGGGCAAUAUCAGGCACAGUUACAACAGCAAGAGCUGCAACUACGACACCAGCUACCGCCGCAACAAAAAAUAGCAAAGCCAGCGCCGCCCCCAGAUCUGCUCGAUGAGCCUCUAACCUUGAGCAUUCCUUCACCGUCUUCCGUCCCCGCUCCGCCGAUACCUCCAAACCCCGAGAAAGACGCCUUGCUACACCAACUCGCACAGACACUCCACUCUCUUCGUCAACGUAGCCGACAACAGAACGAAACCAGUAUGGCAGGCCUGCAGGCGCAGCGUACUGCCAUGGUAUCUGCCUUCUCGACAUUGCAAUCAGAGAUAGGUACCCUUGGUCAAACGUCGGCUCUGCUUCAGUCCAACGCCAACAUCCUAAUGGAAGCGCUGCGAAAGGCUGACUCUGUCAUUGAGGGGUCGUCAUGCCAGACUGCCCCUGAUAUUGAUGAGCUGUUAGUCGCACCCACAGUCGUCGCUAAUCAGCUCUAUGCGCUGGUAGCUGAGGAGAAGGCAAUGGGGGACACCAUUUUCGUGUUGGGCCGGGCUGUUGAACGAGGCAGAAUCUCUCCUGCCGUCUUUGCCAAGACGACACGGUCCCUUGCCCGGGAGUGGUAUUUGAAGAAGGCAUUGGUUCGCAAGAUAGGGAAAGGGAUGGGACUAACAGCAUAG